UCCCUGGUCGCCUUGCCUUGUCCUUGCCUCACAAUCGGGAGACCGGCGAGCGCCACCUUCCCGGCGGUGGCCACGUGAGGCCGGCGAGGGCGGGAGGAGGAGCCGCCAGGAAGGCAGCAAAAGCGAAGGAGGAGGAGGAGGCGGCGAGAGAGAAGGGAGACCGGGAGACAGGGAAGGAAGGACGGGAGGGAGGGAGGAAGGGAGAGCGAGUGCGGGGCUGCCUCUGAUCGCCAUGCCUUCCCUCCUCCUCCUCCGUCUCCAUCGCAAGGGAUCCCUCAGCCGACCCUCGGUGCCUCUUGGCCCGCUUUCCGCCUGAGGCUCCCCCUUCCCCCCAGAAACAGCAGCCUCUCCUCCUCCUCGCCAGCAUGUCCCGGCGCAAGAUCUCCUCGGAAUCCUUCAGCUCGCUGGGCUCGGACUACCUGGAGACGAGCCCCGAGGAGGAGAGCGAGUGCCCGGUGGCCCGGCUCUGCUGGAAUGGCAGCCGCAGCCCCCCGAGCCGCUCCGGGGACGCCACGCCCGCCGCCCCGCCAGCCGAGAGGGACCCCGGAGCAGCCACGGCCUCGGGCCCGGCCAUCCCCGCCUCGGGAGGCUCCCGCCGCGCUCCCCGCCGGAGGAGGGUCAACCUGGACUCCCUGGGGGAGAGCAUCAGCCGCCUCACCGCCCCCACGCCUCAGACCAUAAGGCAGACACUCCAGAGGACACUGCAGCAUUAUGAGCAUCAAGUUAUGGGUUACAGGGAUGCUGAAAAGAACUUCCACAAUAUCUCUGACCGAUGCUCCUAUACAGACCACUCUGGCAAUGACGAAACUGAAGAUGUCUCAGGAAUUCUCCAGUGUACAGCAAACAUACUCGGCUUGAAAUUUGAAGAACUGCAAGAAAAAUUUGGUGCAGAAUUCUUCAAUAUCUGCUUUGAUGAGAAUGAGCGGGUUCUCCGAGCAGUGGGUGGCACUUUGCAAGAUUUCUUCAAUGGCUUUGAUGCUUUGUUGGAGCACAUCAGGACUUCCGUUGGAAAGCAGGCCACUUUGGAAUCAUCUUCUUUCCUAUGCAAAGAGCUCCCUGGAGGCAGCCUUCUGCUCCACUACUUCCACCCUCAUCAGAUUGUUAGUUUUGCUAUGGUGGGUAUGGUUAAGGAAGCAGCAAGAAAGAUCUACCAGCUAGAAGUGGAAGUGGAACAAAUUGCGACAGAUAAACUGGGCCCAGAGGACUUAAACCCAGGCAACUGCAGCUGCCUCACUUUUAUUAUCAAAGAGCACGAGAAUGCAAAUAUCACAAAACCACUUCCACUUGGGACAUCGCAGUCCCCCUCGGACCUGAGGAUAAGCAUCAACACCUUCUGCCGAGCUUUCCCUUUCCACUUGAUGUUUGAUCCCAGCAUGCUGGUACUGCAGCUAGGGGAAGGACUAAGAAAGCAACUCAAAUGUGAUGCUCACAAGAACCUGAAGUUUCAAGACUGCUUUGAGAUCGUUUCUCCAAAGAUUGGGGCCACAUUUGAACGAGUCCUUCUGAGGCUGUCAACACCUUUUGUGAUCCGAACCAAGCUAGAAGCAUCUGGCUCUGAAAGCAAAGAUAAGGUAAUGGAAAUCAAAGGACAAAUGAUCCAUGUCCCGGAAUCAAACUCCAUAUUGUUUUUGGGUUCACCUUGUGUGGACAAACUGGAUGAACUGAUGGGUCGUGGUCUCCACCUUUCAGACAUACCAAUCCAUGAUGCUACUCGUGAUGUCAUUCUUGUUGGGGAGCAGGCCAAGGCCCAGGAUGGCUUAAAGAAGCGGAUGGACAAACUGAAGGCAACACUAGAGAAAACACACCAAGCUCUGGAAGAAGAAAAAAAGAAAACAGUGGAUCUCCUGAUUUCUAUCUUCCCAGAAGAAGUGGCCCAGCAGCUGUGGCAAGGGAAGCAAGUUCCAGCAAGGAAGUUUGAUGAUGUUACCAUGCUCUUCUCUGACAUUGUUGGCUUCACUGCUGUCUGUGCUCAGUGCACUCCCAUGCAGGUGAUCAGUAUGCUCAACGAGCUCUACACACGAUUUGACCAUCAGUGUGGAUUCCUGGAUAUCUAUAAGGUGGAAACAAUAGGUGAUGCAUAUUGUGUUGCCGCAGGACUCCAUAGGCAAAACCUGAAUCAUGCGAAGCCCAUAGCCCUGAUGGCCCUGAAGAUGAUGGAGCUCUCAGAGGAGGUGCUCACACCAGAUGGAAGACCUAUUCAGAUGAGAAUAGGAAUUCACUCAGGUUCUGUUCUUGCUGGAGUUGUUGGCGUAAGAAUGCCAAGGUAUUGUCUUUUUGGUAACAACGUUACCCUAGCAAGCAAAUUUGAGUCGGGAAGCCAUCCUCGUCGUGUCAAUGUCAGCCCUACCACAUACCAGCUUCUGAAGAAGGAAGAAAAUUUUGUCUUCAUUCCUCGGUCCCGUGAAGAGCUUCCAGAUAACUUUCCAAAGGAAAUCCCUGGGAUUUGUUAUUUCCUGGAGGUCAGAACUGGUCAGAAGCAGCCAAAGUCCUCUGUCACAUCUGCCAGAGUGAGAAAGAUUUCCUACAACAUUGGCACCAUGUUCCUCCGGGAAACCAGCCUAUGAGGCCCACUGCAGAUCAAAGACUCAUCAAAAAAGCACAAGCCCAGAACUGGGUCAUGACAGAAAAGAGGAGAUCCUUUCUGUUUCACUGCAUUGUUCCAAGCAAGCAGAAAAAAAGCUCUAUGAAAUGUCAGGCAAUAAUUCUUUUUAAAGGUGGGUGACUGCUAUCAGUAAACAAACUGGAAAGGGGCAAGGGAGGGGGCAGAAAUGUUUAACACACACACACACACACACAGAGAGAGAGAGAGAGAGAGAGAGAGAGAGAGAGAGAGAGAGAGAGAGAGAGAGAUCAGAUUAAACAAAAAAAAAGACUACUGUGUUGUCGAAGGCUUUCAUGGCCGGGAUCACAGGGUUGUUGUAUGUCUUUCGGGCUGUGUGGCCAUGUUCCAGAAGCAUUCUCUCCUGACGUUUCGCCCACAUCUAUGGCAGGCAUCCAGGUACCUCACAACCUCUGAGGAUGCCUGCCAUAGAUGUGGGCGAAACGUCAGGAGAGAAUGCUUCUGGAACAUGGCCACACAGCCCGAAAGACAUACAACAACCCCAAAAAGACUACUGUGUUGAUAGAGCUACUCUUUGUCAUGAGAGUCAUUGUAGGGAUAAGAAAGGAAUCCAAAUAGACUUGAUGUUGAAUGGGGAAGAGAGACAUGUUCUCCUAAGCUGGGCAGACUACUUGUGGCAAGCUAGAUGUUGGUAGGCUGUGGUUCCCAUCAUCCCUUGGCCACUAUGGCCAGGACUGAUGGGGUUUGUAGUCCAACAACAUUUGGAAUUCUUUACCACCAAUGCAUUGACCAUUUGGAGGGGUGUUUUUCUGAUAGAGCGGCUUCUGUCAAUCCAAAGAGGAGGAGAGUGAAUAGCGUUAUCUCUUCUAGCCACUUUGUCUCUCAAGAUCUGCUUCACAGAUCUAUAAAAACUGCAAAGCAUGAUUUUAAGUGAGAUAGAGAACUAUGGGUUAGGGAGGAAUGUGACCUUUUGCCACUAUAUUGAAUUUCGGCCUCAGUGUCCUUUACAAAAUCCUUUGAAAUAAACUAUAUGCUUAGUGGAUUGCUUUGUUCUGUUUGGAAUUGAGAGACUGGUUGCUUUUAAGACAUUGCUUCAUAUAUAUUGCUUUAAAUACCCUUCAUUCAUGGCAGCCAAAACGGAAAAGGCUCCCUUCAUGUGUAAAAUGCUUGUAAAAUGCUUGUUACAGCUGCAGGACAUGGUGGAGAAUUCUCUAAAAUUUGCACCAACUAAGCAUAUAGUUCAGUUUUGGAUGCAAUCCUGCACAUAAAAAUGGUAUUAGCUAAUGGUCAGAAUGCUUCUGAGUUGCUUUUUAAACUUAAAACUACUUCAUACAAAUACUGUAGAGAUCAUUUAUAACCUUCCUGGCAGAAGGAAAUAUAAUUCCAUAUAUAAUAUUAUAGGGAUUUUACCUAUUUUUAUACAUUUAACUUUCUGGACAAAAUUCCACACGCUGUAACAAAUGUAAGGCUAGCUUGCUUCUGUACAUUUAUGGUUAUCUAUUCAAUUUUGACAAGUGGUUGCUAUUAUUAUUAUUAUUAUUAUUAUUAUUAUUAUUAUUAUUAUUAUUAUUAUUAAAACAAUAGAAGCUAUUUUAUUGGGGUUCUUCAAGAACAUCACUUUGAUAUUUAUUUUUCUUGUGAGAUAUAUUUAUGUCUUGCAUUUCUAAACUAAUGUUCAGUAUCAGAACCAAGCAAAUGAAGUUGUGACAUCAUGUUCCAUUUCUGGUAUGCCAUUGGGAGUGGAAAGUGCUGAUCUCCUGGAGUUCAGGUUUGACCCAAAAGUCUCUGUCACCCUUGAUAGAACUGCACCAAUAUUUUCUGUUAAUAUGGUAUUAUGAGGAGCUUGUCUCUUUCAGAGCUACCAGAUCUUCAUCCAUAAAAAGACAUUACCUGAAGGUAUGUGGCUUGAUACCAUACCCUCAUAGAGUUCUCAUUGCAUCCUGGGCUGUUAUGUGCCAUCACAUGCAUUAAACCACCUUCUUCUAUGCGUCAAUAUCUAUUGUUACUGAUUUUCUACUGAUGUUUAAAAAAAUUGAUUAGAGUAGUGGUUCUCAACUUGUGGGUCCCCAGAUGAUUUGGCCUUCAACUCCCUGAAAUCCCAACAACUGGUAAACUAGCUGGGAUUUGAGGGAGUUGUAGUCUAAAACAUCUGGGGACCCACAGGUUGAGAACCUCUGGAUUAGAGUCUCCAGUGGUUACCACUGUUGAUAUGAAAAAGGACUCAGAAAGGACAGAAAAAAUAUAAUACCCUUCAUCAUGUUAGUAUUCAUCUUUACUUCCCAAGAUUAAACAUAGUGUUUUAGAAAUAACAACCAAAAACACAUUUUACCCUCUGAAACUUUGACAUCCCAGUGUUAAAUGCCAGAGGAGGAUUUCUGUCAAUACUGUUUCAAGUAUUGGCAGAAAUUCAUUCCACCUCUGCAAAGGAUCACUUCUGUGUCCACAUUAAGGAUACAAUUCUAAAACAUGUUCUCAAAAGUAAAUCUCAUUAUGUUCAGUAGAGCUUUCUUCCUGUGAGUAGAUGUUCAACCUAAGUGAUCUUGAGGUCAUACAUUACUAGCUGCUGCUGACUCUAAAACUAUAACCAAGCUGGAAUAUUACCAUCACAUAUGAGUACUCUGGAGUAAUGGAUGGAUGCAUAAUAAUAGCUUUGAUCAGGAAGAGAACUUUAGCUAGACAUUGUAAUCUUCAUGUAGAAAUACUGUAAUUCAGCUUUAAUUGUUGCAUACAAUCAUUGUAUGUUGUCAAAGAAAUCCCUCUGUGUUCACAGUGUGGUUUUUACUUGCUUAUAUUACCAACAGGGUACCAGCCAUUGCAUCCCCACAUAAAGAGAAAGAGAGAGAGAGCAGAUACAAUAUUUCAUUCAUUAAACAAAAUGGUCUGUAGUCCACAGAAGCUGAUGCCACAAUAAAUGUUAUGAAUCUUUAACAUGUUGCAAAAUUCUUCUUGGCUACCUUGAAGGCUAUAAUCCAAAACUAUUCCAGUUGAACUUUUAUGAUUUAUGCCCAGCAUGAAUCCUGAUGCCUGAGGGUGAUGCUUGGAAGCAUAUUGUACUUCUCUGUACCGUGCCCCAGAGCUUUCUUGACAGCUAAGAGAUAGCUGGCAAAUCACUUCUGCAGUGGUAUCCACAGCUGAAUACUAAUCUGGAGCCGAACAUUCCCCCUUGUCUUACAGAUAAGCACUCAGGUUUAUAUUUGUACAACUGUUCUGGCAUUAAAAGGGCAAACAGGAGUUAAAGUUGGAAUCAAAGUUGGGAGGUGAAGGUGAACCUCCUCUGGGAAGAGUGUAGUAAUUCUGGGAAUAAGUCAUACAGAGCAAUCUUCUCAAAUAGUAAGGUGCAGAUAGGUGCCAGAAGCACUGCCUCCUCCCAGCUUCUCUUCCAAUUUGUAUUGGUCCAAGUCACACACAGCCUCAAUUUUUUCAGUAAUUGAAGUCCCAAAUUAUUUUUUUCCAUUUUUCAAUGGGUAGCUCCCCAUAAUUCUUGUUAUUGAGAGAGCAAAAUCAACCUAAAAAGAUGUUGCAACUUUGAUAUCUCUUAAACUAUAUUUGAAGUGACAACUCUGUGCCUGUGUUUUUAAAAAGUGGGGGAUGAAAAAGAAAGGAGCUUAACAAGUUUAUUUGAACAUGAGGCUUCAUGGAUUGCAAUCCACAAAAUAUGCAUAAGAGAAGAUGGAUAGUACAAUCGAACUCCACAUCCAUCCAUUCAUUUCACCGUCCACAGUUUGAAAAUAUUUCAAAAGGUUUCCAAAAAACAAAACAAAAAAUUCUACCAUUUUAUUUAAGGGACUUUAUUUUAUUAAGCCAUUGUAUACAAUGGGACUUGAGUGUCCUCAAAUUUGAUGUCAUUGGGGUGUGGUUCAUGGAACCAGACCUUAGCAGAUACCAAAGGCCCAUGAUUCCUAAAAGCUCAUGAUAAUUAUAAACUUUAAAAAGUCAUAUUCUUUGACUUCAACUCCCAGGAGUUUGGGGUCAAAAAUCAGGGGGCCGGGCUGUGGCGCAGCUGUUGAGCAGCUGCCUUAAAUCACUCUGACCAUGAGGUCAUGAGUUCGAGGCCAGCCCGUGGCGGGGUGAGCACCCGUCAAUUAAAAAUAAAAAAUAGCCCCUGCUCGUUGCUGACCUAGCAACCAGAAAGAUAGUUGCAUCUAUCAAGUAGGAGAUAAGGUACCACUUAUAAAGUGGGGAGGCAAGAUUAACUAAUUUACGACCUGGAAUGAGGAAGUGCCGUCAGUGUGGAUGAUGUGGAUGAUGAAGCAGCUGCUCCCCCCUGUGGCCAGAAUCGAACAUCCCCUCAGAAGAAGGUUAACUUGCCUCUGCGUGUGUCUCUCAGUCUCUGUUUGAUGUGUUUAUGGGCAUUGAAUGUUUGCCCUAUGUGUGUUAUAAUGUGAUCCGCCCUGAGUCCCCUUCGGGGUGAGAAGGGCGGAAUAUAAAUACUAUAAAUAAAUAAUAAAAUAAAUAUCAAUCAAACAUGCCAUUUUUUAAAAGCUUGAUUCUAGCAAUGGAUCCAGUAAAAUGAUUUAAAAUAUAUAGUCAUAAAUCAUCACCCACCAUUUAAGAUAAUAAAAAAAGCUUUAUAGUCUUCGGUAUUCAUCUUUGCCUUUGAAGCACUAAAAUUUCACACAAUGAAUGAAAUGCUUAAGGUUCUAACUUUCCCAUGUAUUAUAGUUUUUUUUAAAUGAAUUCCCAUGUCAAGAUCACCUUUAAAACAUACUUCCUCUUUCACUUUUAUUGAAGCAACACAGUUUGUGUAAUGCUGACUUUUCUGGUCAUAUGGAAUAAAUAACAUAAUUUCUGUCAGGUAUCUUAAUACUAAACCAGAUUGGUUAUGGAUAUACAGUAGCUUUGUACAGAACAAUUUCCUUUAGAUGCAGACUUUAGGAUUCAUUUUUAAUACUUAAAUUCUGGCCUCCCAACAUAUGCACAUAUACAGUCCUAACCAUGAAAAUGAUUGUGGUUUUGGAAAAUGUACAGACAAUAGAAGCAAAAGCCAUCAAACAAUUCUGUUUUUCAGCCUUCAUUUAUGGCAAUCUGAUCUUCAUGGGCCUCCUCUUAAAACCCAAUUAUCAUUAAGUGAUGAAUCAUGGCAACCUUGCUUGGCAAAUUGUUCCCAUUGUUUCCAGACACGUAGAAUGAAUAGGAAUACUAAUUAAUUUGAACAAUAGGAUCCACAAGGUAAGAGCUAUGGCCUUGAGUAAAACUGCAAACCCACCAUUUAGGUGUCUUUUCAAAUCCUUAAUUUAAGAAAUAAGAAAUGAAUUCAUAAUCACAGAGAUCACUAGAAAACUUAAACAAUUGCUCUCAGCAUCUCCAUGGAGAUAAUGACUGUGUUUGCAAAUAAAUCAGCUUGCUCUCAGAAAAUAGAAUAGCUUCCUACUAAGAUUCUAUAGAUAGUAGGGUUUUUUUGUUUUUUGAAAGCAUGUUCAAAGGUGAUAUAUCCCAAACAUCUAUUUAAAUGCAAAGUAUUGUAUGCUGUGCUUCUUUAUUAUGACAGCUAAGUUUCCAUGAGGGCAUAUUCUUUAGCUCAUUGUGUGAAGAAAGCUUGGGUGCAUUGUUAUGAUUCUGCUUUUUUUAUAUUGCAAUAAUUCUUAGUUUAUUUCAUCUUCCAUGGAUAAAAACAUGAACAUUUCCCAUCAAGUCAAGGAUGAAUGUGGAUGUUUUUCUGUAGCUAUUGCUAGAAAUGCAUUUGGAUUCAGCGACUUAUCCUUGAGAGGGAUAUUUGAAGUUCAUCAUAGGCAUCUGGUGUAUUAAUUAUUGAACUACUGUUAGUUGUGAGAUUUGAGUAUGGUUUGUAAAAUACUGGAGAAUGGAAGGUAACAUUUUUUAAAUGUAAAGAAAUGUGGGUGAAUGCCAAGCAAUUACCCAAAUGAAAAUUACAUUGAAAAUUUAGCUUGAUUUUUGAAAGAUCACACUAUUAGUACCUUCUGAUGGAAACCCAUGCAGUGGAUUAUGGGCUCACUGAUGUUGUCUUUCAGGCACAAGGUUCACCUGCUUAUAUGAUAUCAUCCAACUUCAUUGUUCUGUGAGUUCAGUUGGUUGUCUACUUUAGUAAGACCUGCAUUUGGUAAAAUCAAAGUUUUGCCAUUUUGGAUACCAUGUUGUGUUGUUCCAUCUUUAGGUGACAAAAUGAUAAUAUUAUGACACUAAUACCCAAAACUUUUCUAGUAUCUGUACAGUUGCAAGGAAUUCAUUUCUGCUAUCUCACAUUUGCUUGCAGGUAGUAAAAUUUAACUUCCUAAGAACUCAACACAUUUUUGAUAAACCAUUGAAUUAUAAUAUAUCAAAAAGUUCAGUACAAAGUUCAGUUUGUCUGUCUCUCUCUCCCCCCUCCCCCCUCACACCCACACAUAUAAAAGAAUCCUCCUUGGACAUUUUGUGUUUAUAUCAACAAUGCUUCGUGAACGAUUUUGCUUAUUUCACAUAGUUUUUUUUUUUUUUACAUUUUUCCCCUUUGACCCUUGUCCUGCUAAGACUCACUGCUAUUUUUACUGCAACAGAUCUCCAUGAACUACCUCUCUCAUAAUAGUUAAUAGUUAUAAUUGGAAGGCACCACAUUUAUUAUAUGUACUGUUAUUCAUCUUCAUGCAGCCUAAAUUUUCUGGACAUGGUGAAGAAAGGAUUGGUUGUAACUAGAGUAUUCAUGUGUAUAUCAAUUUGAGAGAGAGUCUCAUAAGUUUUUCUGGUUUUUGAAUUCCCACCAUGAAAUAGAGGCCAGGCAGAAGACCAUGGAACUAAAGGGCCAUUUCUUGACUUAUUUGUUUUAUUAUAACUUCUGGAAGCACCUGUAAACCAAGAUAACCUGUAGGGGGAAAGAACUAGUAAGGAAAUAACCAUUUGUGCUGUCAACCAUCUAGUGGGUAAUGUUCUUCAGCCAGAGGACACUUCCUUUGACCACCUCCAAGGACCAUCCUUGCACUAGCACCAUAAAUCCCAAGAGCUACCCCAAAAUUGUUGGCUGUGCACCUUGGCCAAUCUGAAGUGGAAAGCUACCUGAGAGCACUCCCUCCCAAACCUUAGAGUUUUUAAAGUGCAAGAAACCCUCAUUCUAGCUCCAAGGGGAACCCCUCAUUUACAGCCCCCUGAGCCAUAAAACCAAUAGUGACUGUUUUGGAAGUCCACCCUUCACCCACAAAGGUGGAUGCCAUGGUGUCUACCAGAACUAUGUAACAUUUUACAUUACAUGACAACCUAUUUAAAUGAUGGCACCCUAAGCUAAUUACCACACCCAGCCAAAACAGUAUGGGGUAGGCAAAAAAAAACAAAAACCCAAGGAACAACUGAAGGGAAAAAAUUCCUACCUGGCCUAGAUGUGACCACUUUGCACUCACACUAUCUAUAGGGUGGAAGGGUGAGUCACAAGCAGAAUGAAGGAAGUUGAACUGGAGGGGUGGUUCAGCCUUAAAUUGACUUAGAUCUGCCCCUCCCAUGUAAUGGAGACUGGUGAGGCCAACCAACCCCAACUAACUCUGUCCUCCUUCAUGGAGGAUCUUCUCCCCUCCUUCAUCUGGAAGUGGAGCUUAUGUUUGUCCCUUUUCUAUUCGUUUCAGGGUUGUCUAAUCAAACUUUAACAUAUAUAUUUUUUAACCUGUGGACAUUUAUCUAAGGUAUCUUUAUCCUUAAGACAUUGUACUGGUCUUAAGUGUAGUUCUGAAUGAUUGGCAGUAGUAAUAAAGAGUCCAAUGUGCAAAUAUUUCCCUACAAAAUUCAAGCCACUAUAUGUCAAAAUGUUCUAGUUAUAUAUCACUCAGAUACUCCCAUACAGAUUAUGAUAAAUUGAGGGAGGUGGUAUUUGUGAAACAGUCAUAAUGGGUAGCAAAGCAAAAGUUUAAAUAGCUUGAGGACAAUUCACACAUCUGUCACUUCCAAGUAACAGGAAACUCUGCAUUAAAUUGCUGGUAGCUUUCAAGAACCUCCUUCCUGGGAGAUUUUCAAGUAACCAUCAAACAGAUGUUAUUUUUCUUCUACCAGUAGAGUAUUUUGUCUUCAGGCAUGAAUUCUUUGAGUACCUUCUAGCCCUCAUCAUUUUUACUACUUCAUACAUCUUAAUUGAAAUUUUCUCAUUUCACAAAGGCCAGUAGGGUUCAGGGGGUAUCCAUAUCUGUGCCAAUAAUUAAACUAUUUCAAGGGUAGUUGAUGGGCAGCAUCUUUUCCAGAUGGUUCCAAGAUUGCUAUCUGAUAUUUGUUGCAAGUAAAACUUAUGAUGUGCUGCCAGAAUCAAAGGGAAAGAAAUUAACAAGGUGUUUCCACUUGCCAGCUGUUCAUCGUAGACCACUGGCAUUUUCAUGCCACCUCCAAAUAUCAUCUUUCAAAUAUCUAAAAAGUAUUCUGAGAAUUUGUCAUAAUAUUUAAGCAGUCAGCAAGGUAGCAAACCUGUCUAAGUAGGUUCUAUUGCUUUCAACCAUCAAAUGCUAGAUCAGGGCUUCUUAAACUUUUCCCACUUAUAACCCCUUUUUUGUCUGAGAAAUUUUUAGGUGACCCUGGAUAUAUACGUAUGUGAAAUAGGCAUAAAAAUAAAACAUUUAUUGAUAAUAAGCAUUUGCAAAGCUUGCUAAGUAGCCUGAUUUUCUUUUUUGUGGAGUACAGCUGAAGCAUUUUCUGCAGAGUCCACUGUAAAUAUUGCAGGUUGUUCCUAACAGAUUUGUGUAAAUGUGUGGCAUUUAGAAACCUUCUACCUUUGCCAAAAAAAAUUGAACCAAAACAUUGAGCUAUGAGAACCCCAUUUGGAGUCAGGAGACACAGUUUAAGAAGUAGUAUGCUAGAGAAAACAAAUGCAACUGAGUAGUACAACUUGGAAAUGAGUACCAUAAGUGGCCAGCUUUUAAAAACUAUUUCCAUCUUUUGUCACUUUAUGUGCACCAUCUAUUGUUCCAUUUCCAUACUAAUCUAUCGUUCUUAAAAUUCCAUGCACAAAUCUAUUUUUAUAUAUAUUCCCAUAAUAUAUGUUUAUGUUCUUUACAAAUAUUUAUUUGUAACUAUAUGUAGGCACUUUUCAAGAACAUUUUGUAAUUGCAAAAGCCAAACGGAUGACUACAUUCUGAUCCACUGAUUAGUCCACAAUCAGUUUGGUUCCUAUUGAGAUCUGUAAAGAUUGAAUUCCUCAAGCCUCCUUGUUUCCAAAGAUCAGCACUGAUGUGCUCUUCAGCCAAAACAAUUUAAAUGCUGUGAGCCCACAACCCUGAAGUCAGUUAAUUCACCAUGACUGGGUGCAUGAAUUUAUAAUGUGAGAACCCAACAUACCAUAAUUUGUGUUUUCCCACACAGAAUCUUCUCUCAGAACACUUCAGAGUUUUUGAGUAACAGAAGAAAAUUAUGAGGAAUUCUGUUAUUUUUUCCAGAUGGGGUUUCCUAGCUGUUUGAAAAUCUGCUUUGUUUUGUUUUUUAAACCUGGGAACAAAUAUUUCUUCCAUUUGUUUUUUAAAUUUGGGAGAGAGAGACAGGGGAAAGAGUACGUUGUUGGCACUAAUUCUUGUAAACUGUGCUUUUCUCCAAAUUCUAUGAUAACUAGAAAAAAUGGAUAGCACUCAGGCAAUGACUUGAUGAAAUCAAUCAAAAAGAAUAGUUGUUGAGCACAUGCUUAGUUUGGGGUAAUCUUUUUUUAGUUGCCUUGAGCCCCAUGCUGGGACAAAGGUGGGAUAUUAAGUACAUCAAUACAUAAAUCCUAGGUGUUCACCACAUGGAUUUAACAAAGAGUGAGAUCAGUGUGAAUUAUUCAAACUCACCCCUGGAGUAGUGUUUUAUAACUGUCAGCAUGUAUCAUAAAAGUAUGUGGUAUGGUAGGCAUCAGAGACAGUUCUAUAAAUGUAGUUGAUGAUGGGAUAUCCCUAGCUCAGGUGGCUGUAAGGAUCAGAGCCUAUUAGCCAGAGUCAUUGGGGACAGGUGGUCUCUUUGCCACCAUGGCUAUUUUCCAUAUUUAGAAACAACCUGUCAGUGAUAUAGACAUAGAAAAACAGCAAAAGAAAACUAUGUUCCUCUGCUGGAUUUAUGAUCUCCUUAGGAACUUGGUUGGUACCUCCCUCCAUCUCAUCUUUGGAAGAAAACUGAGGUAUGAUUAAAUCAAAUCUAUCACUGAAAUCAGUCAAUAAAUUUCCAACCUUCUUCCAAUAGCUUAAAAGGGUUUUUGGAAAUACCUACAAAAAAGUGAUAUUCACACUGUCAAUCUGGCCCAAUCCAUUUUUUUGAAAGCUUGCUUAAUUUUUUUUGCCCAAGAUAAUUUUCACCUCCAUUCAACUUCACAACUUCAUCAUCUCACAAAAGAAACCAACAAAGUAAGUUUCAAAAAACAGAGAGGUCAUUUGCUAGGAGUAAAUUCCAAAUUGAAUUUUCUGGAAUCAUGCAUUGUAUUUACAUAGAGCCUCAUUAUGAAUUGUGUAUGCAUGCAUAGACAAAUAUUGCAAGCAAUAACCUAUGAUAACAAGCAAUAGAAACUACACUGGUAUAUGUAAGUAUAUCUACGAAAGUGUGUUUGUGGCAGUUUGCUAGUUCUAAUUGGAAAACAGAUAUUGUAUAUGUAAGCAAUAAGUCAGUUUCUCACAUUUCUAAAAAUGGCCUCUCUGACAAAUGUGUGGAUUCUGAGAUGGCAGAAUGGAUGCAGAAAACACAUUAUAAUUGACUCUGUCUCUUUUUUGUGCCAUUCUAACCAAGUUAGUCUUCCAAGGCGCUCCAUUUUUAAUUGUAAUUGUGUAGGCUAUAUGUAUUACAGUGCUAUGGAUGAAAAGGGUAUGCAAAAUGGGAGAGAUUCUUGUGUAAUUGAAGUUAAUGUUUAACAUGAGUUUUUGCUUUAAAUUUUAGGAUAGUGGCUAUACAAGUAGAAGAGCUGUUGACUGUGUUGAUGUUUAUGUCUGGCUUGAGCUUUAUGAGUAUUAGAUCUUCCUCUUUCAAACAUAUGUGCAUUGAAAUAUAAGGAUAUUCUAUUUUUGACUUUCUUGUUCAGACAUGUUGGAAAGCACCGAUCUAAAUCUUGGAUUGAACUCAUUAGAGUAUAUCCACUGAAAUCAUUGACACUGAAUUACACAAAACAAAAAUUUGUUAAUAGAAAAAUAGAACAGCAGGAGUUUAGCCUCCAUUGUUGUGCAUACAUAACAUGGCUUUAAAUUAAUUUCUAACUUAUUUUUCUGGGCUUUGAAAUUAAAAAUGAAAAUUUGUACAACUGUUUCUCAUCAAACUAAGUGCCCCAGCACUGUGCUUCUCUGUUAAUUCUUAAUAUUAUCUUAACAUCUACAUUCUUUCAUUCUCCAUUUAUUAAUAUAGAAGAACCCACUUUUUAUUUCCUCACAAUCAAUAAAGAUAAUUAAAAAAUUUCCACUUCUCUCAUGAGUACGCUUUGAAAGGAAGCAGAGAAGUAGCACAUUGUUUUUAAUCUUCAUUUCACAUCCUUUCACUGCCAUUAUCAUGAUAAUAAAUUGAUAGUUUAAAACUGUUGAGAACUAGCUAGUCUAUAUCUGAUUCUGAAAACGUAUCCAUAUUUUGAGUUUCAAAGGCCAUGAUCAUCAAUCCAUACCUACUGCACUGUCAAGUAGUCCCACAAUAAUCAAUGAGAUUGUCAGAAAGGUGUGUGGCCACGAUAAUAUUGAAAUGUAUGAGCUUGGAGCUCAUUGCAUAUAUCAAUUACCUCCAUGGCUUUGUUCGCAGUGAUGUGUUUCCCAUCAUAAGCAUGGGAAAAUCCAUUUUUAGGUCUCUAGUUGUAAGUCUGAAAGCAGGAUUGAUUGAUAAUUGAUUUGUGUUUGGUAACUCAGAAUGUACCCUAAAAGGUUGAAGGGAGCUGUAACAAGGGGAUAUUCUUCUGAGUGUAACUGGCAAAGUCUCUUUUAAACAGUAUAUUGCAUACAAGUGAUUAAAGCUAGACAACAUUAUUCUAGGAUAAGUGAUUGGGAAAGAUUUGGCCCUAUGGAUAUUUGGGGCUAUAACUCCCAUAUUCCCCUGAUAUUAGCUCUGUGAUCGAGGCUUCUGUAAGUUAUAGUCUAAAAUAUCAGGAUGGUCAAAGCUUCCCCACUAUUGUUGUAAGAUAUCAGGAUUUUGCUUUGGGUGUCAAAUGUCACUACUUUCAAUUUUUAUUGUUUAAAAGAAAGAUAUGUAGGAAGAAGAUGAAAAAGGAGAAGUUGGGAAAUAGGGUAAAAAAGAAAGCAUGAAGCACUGGGAAUGAACAAAGUCCUAUACUUGGACUUUAGGAUGUAUGGUGUCAGAGAGACUAGUGGAACCCUUGCCAGUGACAAUGAAUUAAAUUCGUAACUUCUUUGGACUAAAAUAACUCAGCCUCCACAAGACUUCCUUUUAUAAAAGCAGCAAUUUUGCUUUCAUGUUUAAACAAACAGGUAUUUUAUACUGUUCUAGUAAUGUACUUCUAAAAAAACCUCAAAAUGUCACACCUACCUUCUCAAAAUUCCUCAAGGCACUGCAGUUGGCAUUAUAACAUGCCAUUUUACAAAAUGUCACAAAUUUUACAAUUAGUUUUGUCUUUCAUUCUUAUAUCGGCCUCUCACAACUCCAUAAUCUGCUCCCAGUCUGUGUUUGAUACUUUACUUCACUAUGCCUCUAGAUCCCAGUUAAUUUCAGAAUUCCUUCCACAAGGCAAAUUUUUUCAGUCUUUGCUGUACUAUGCUCGACUCUCCCACAGUCCAAAGAACUACUUGAAUUUUGUGCAGAAAAAAGUUUUUUUGUAGGAAAUAUUUUUGCAUAAAUUGCACCAUUUUCUGAACAAAUAGUUAUUUAUCAUUUUUUAUGUGGUACAGAGGUUUUAUUUUCUGCAGGAGACAAACAUUAAAUUCUUGAUAUGGUGAAAGUGCUGCAUUUAUAAUUGUACUGAAUUUGUGGAUCAUACAUUUGUCAGUAGCACUAGAAGAUUAUGGCUAGCCACCAAUGGAGUGCCAGCUCUGUAUGUGUAAUAAUAAUAGCAUGUGUUAAGAUUGGGACUCAAGUUACAUCUAACCAAAAAUUACAAUUACCUACUUGAAUGAAAUCUUCCUCAAAUUUGGAGCAUGGUUUCGUUAAAAAAGUGGUGUCACUGUUUUGUGCAGUGUUUCAGCAGAAUUUUUUUUAAAGACCACAAACACAUUUUUGUAAGAUCAGUUUACAUACACUGCACAAUAUCCCCAAAACUCUAAAACUCUAUGCUAAUUUGUUCUUUGAGCCUUCUAAUGUGCAUGCACUCUGGACAGAGCUAUCAUUAUUACCCAAUUAUAGUGAUGUUUCAGCUUGCAUGUUUUUCUCUGCAUGCACUGGUUCUUGUAGUUGCUGAUGUUGUCAAAUUUUCUGGUAUUUUAGCUAUAAUCAUUAUCAUAGGCAAUCACACUUGGCCAUGUAUUCUCAUUUCUCUCUUUGCCAUCUAUUCAUGCCUUUUCAAAAUCUGUAGCACUGUUGGUAACAUCUUACUUCUAGUUAGAAUGCUCAAGGGUUAGGGCUUCCCAGUUCUCCGUGUUUAUGCCACCUUUUUAAGGUUAGCUAUCAGCCCAUUUUUAAAACUCUUUUACUGUCCACCAACCUUCCAUUUUCCAUUCUUAAAUUGAGAAGAAAAUAAGUGCUUUGGCAUUCGGGCAUUUGGACAACGUGGCCGGUCUAGCAAAGUUGAUGGCACAGGAUUGUUACUUCAGUGCUGGUGGUUUUUGCUUCUUCCAGAACAUUGAUAUUUGUUCACUUGUCUUCGCAAGAGAUUUGCAGGAUUUUUCAAAGACAAUGCUGAUAGAAUCAUUCCAGAAAUCAAGAGUGACGUUUGUAGACCAUCCAUGUUUUGCAGGCAUACAAUAGGGUUAGAAGGACAAUAGCUUUAUAAACAAGCAUCCUGGUAUCUCUACCAAUUUCCAAAUUCUCGAACUCUCAGCUCCAUACAAAAAAAUGCUGAACUCACAGAGCUCAGUGUUGUAUUUCAGCAUUGAUGUCAGCUUUUUUUUUUUAGAGAGUUAGCUGUCUAAGUCUUGAAAGAGCCAGUGUGUUAAUUUGUUUUAUGUGUGAAGAUUGGUGCACAGCAACCAAUACACAGUCAUCACAGGAAGAGGUUUUGAUGCCACCAGUUGUCGUAUUACCAUGCUAUUUAGCUAUAAUAUUGUUGUAUGAAAGGGUAUGGGAGGAGGUCUGCGUAGUGACACCAUGAGACUCAGGUGAAAUCAGUCUUAGUGACACCAAAGAAUUAAAGUUAAGCAUGUUUUAACUCCUUGUUAUUUUAUUGAAUGAUUAAUCACACAUGUACAAGUAUCUUGCAAAAGCCAGUGUAACCUAAAAGUUCAUAGGUAAAGGUUUUCCCCUGACGUUAAGUCCAGUCGUGUCCGACUCUGGGGGUUGGUGCUCAUCUCCAUUUCUAAGGCGAAGAGCCGGCAUUGUCCAUAGACACCUCCAAGGUCAUGUGGCCAGCAUGACUGCAUGGAACACCAUUACCUUCCCACCGGAGCGGUACCUAUUGAUCUAUUCACAUUUGCAUGUUUUCGAACUGCUAGGUUGGCAGAAGCUGGAGCUAACAGUGGGUGCUCACUCUGCUCCCCGGAUUUGAACCUGGGACCUUUCGGUCUGCAAGUUCAGCAGCUCAGCGCUUUAACACACUGAGCCACUGGAGGCUCCCAUUAAAAUUUCCUAAUUGGCUCUAAAUGUUGUCCUUGAUUCUUUAACUGUAUCAUGAUAGGUAACAUGUAACAUAGUAAAGAUAUCAGCAAAUGGGAGUUUUUAAAGGACUUGUUGCUUCUCCAUUACAUACAAUUCUGAACGUAUUGAAAGUAAGGAACUCAAUAAGAAGCUGCAAAUACAUGUGCAAAGAUAGAAAUGAUAUUAGAAAAUAUUUGAAAUAUAGUCCAAAAAGUGUUUUUUGGGUGUUGGGUAUAUAAAAAUAUAAAAUAUAAAAAGGGUCUGGUGAGAAUUUUCACAGUUUAAGAUUUAUUUUGUGCAAUACUCAUGCUUUUUGCACAAAAAUAGCAUCUUCUGCAUAAGAAACAGCAUUUUAUGUCCAGAAAAUAAUAUUUCUGUAUAUUGAUUUUUUAUUUCUGUAAACACAGUUGUGCUUUCUUGGUUCUCUCAUUCAUUUCUUUUCUGGGAGAUGUUCUUAUUAUUAGCUUCAUCCCAUGAUGUUUUUGUUGUCUGCAUUGCUUAACAUUGUGGGAAACAUAGGCCAGUAUUCCACAUAUAACUUUAUACAAAGUGAUUCCAAGGAGAUGCUUCUGAAGCCUUCAAGAUUUGGUGGGUUGCAAGUCCCAUCAGCCCUGAUCAGCAUUGCUAAUGGUAGGCAAGGAAUGCGGGGGUUAUGGUCCACCAACAUCUGGAGAGCUACAUGAUUCCCAUCCUUUAUCUAGCUAAAUGUUAUUUACUGUGCUUUUCUCCUCUUUAGUUCAAUUAACAGGGGCUCUCAAAAAACUUAAAUAGAGACACUGUCACUCCUGGCCACAUAAUAUUCUUGGAAAUCAUCUCGGAAUAUCAGUCUAUAAAGUAUGACACUGAGAAAUAACCCCUUUCUAGAAAAUAUACAUAAUUUCCAUUUCUGUAUAUGAAAUUAUAUUGAGAAUUGUCUAUUGCAAGAACAAAAUGUCUCUAUAAGGUUCUUGAGAUGUUUCAGUUUCUGUUGUUGAGUUUCUUUUUCUUUUAGAAUUUUUCUCCUAUUUUGACAAGGACUACAAUGGAAAGCAAUGCCAAUGACUGGAGGUUCUAGGCAUAUAGAAAAAUAUGUAGCCCAGCCUUCAUUAACCUGAUGCCUUCCAGAUGUGCCCAAAAGCCAUGCUGGCUAUAGAUGGGGAAGUUGUAGUCCAAUAUAUCUGGAUAAUAUUAGGCUGGAGAAAGCUGCAAUAAAACAUUAUGUGAAUUAGUAUGUUCUUUGAGGACUACUCAUUGUAGAGUGACAUCAGAAAUAAGCAAUAUUUAUCUAGAGUUUAUUCAGUUGCAUUGAAUGAAUAAUCUUGUCCCUUAAAUGGCAUCUUAUCCCAAAUAUAUUGGGUUAUAGCAUUCUCUCUUAGCAUUGAAGAAUAUGAUCUCCUUUUUUCCAGAAACACCUCCACUAUGCAUCUAGUCAACCAGUCUUCAUUGCAUUUCAUGCUUCAUGUUAUUCCAUAGCAGCAUUCCAGGGGUUACUGACAUUAUCAAGAUCCUCACAUUCUCAACUUCAUGUUAGCAUCCAGCUCCUUGAUUGUGCCAUUGUUAUUGCACAGAGAAUUUCUAUAUAAGCAUGCUUCUAUAACACCAAAAUCAGAAUCACAUAACCUCUCUGCUGGUGACAGCCAUUUUUUUUUCUUAUGCUCAGAUACAGCAAUUUGUUGCCUGCGGAAGAUUGUGUUAGGUUAAGCUUAGUGCCAUUGAGCUCAUUUACAGUGGUAUGAGUGUCUGGAAACUUUUGUAUUGGUAGGAGCAGAGAGACAUUAUGGUAAUGCCCAGAAUAUCACAAUAAGCAUGGCUAGUUGGGAAUUCUCAGAGUUAUAGUCCAUAGAAGUCAUUUUCCCCUUACGCUGAGCUUACCAAAAUGGUACCAAGGAAAAGAUGAUGUACCAUGAUGUAAGUGGGCACAGGAACUGGCUUUCAGUGUAGUACUGUAAGGAGACAAAAUAAAGCCUGCAAUUGAUUAAGAAAGACCAUGCUCCUUCCCAGUUUGUCUCUGCCAAUGAGAAUUUCAGUUUUAUUUCUGAAUGGAAAACAUUUUUGAGUGGACUUUGAAAUAACUCACCCAGUAUCUGAUGUGAUUCCUCAUCUUCCUCUGUAGUGAAACCUCUGUUUCAAUGUUGUUUAUGUGUGUGUGGCUACAGUGUUUUUACUUUGUCCAGAAAAACCCAAUUUGUAUAUUGCCAUAUUAGAAGACUAAGUACACUCUUAUAUUAAAAAAGCAAUAUAUACUGUAUUCUGCAUCUUUUCAGUCAAAGCUUCCAUAGCUGUAGUGUUUUUAUUUAUAACUGUUUAUAACAAGAUGCAGAUUUUUACUAUUACUCACUAAACCAAGAAGAAUGAACUUCUUUGCUGUCUCUGAAUAUUAUUAAUGCAACAAUAACAAUAACUUCAACAUUCAUUCCAUUGCAAUCUGUUUUUUAACCCUUGACCAAUCUGUCUCAUUUUAUAAACCUGCUGACAAAAGGGUUUUUAAAGAAGAGAACAUUUAAUGAGCUGUUUAUUGUGUGACCUUGACACAGUACCUGAUUCAUAAAAAAGAAAAGAAAGAAAAAUAUUCCAACUUCUCAUUUCAGUAUGUGAUCAGCAGUAUUCAGACUGCUAAAGUCUUGGCAAGUUUGCUGAUAUAAGGACUCAGGGAUAUGGGUAUUUGUUAAAGUUGUUCUCAAAUUCUUGAGUCAGCAUUUUUGGCAUAUUCACUCCUGUCUUCCCACUUUUUGAGAAGCAUUAGCAUAGUAUAUAGGCUUACUGCAACAAUCUUUAAAGUUCAGAUUUGAUCAGUGAGAUGUUGACAAUGGAGAAAAUCUGAAACAUUUUCUAUUCCUGUUUUGAAAUUAUUAUUUUCCAUAUAAUUGUCCAGUACUUACUUUGAAAGUAAUUGUUAUACCCCAGAAACUUUGUUUUGUUGUUUAUCCUUCGAUUAUCUGAAACACAAAAGUUUGUAAUUUUCCUUAAUGAAAAUACGCCAUUUUUAACUUUUCAAAACAAAGUUUUUGCAGUUUAAUAAACCUUUUCCAUAUUUUUAUGAUAGAACCAAUUUGGAAAUGACAUUUAUAACCCAGGAACAAAAAUCGUGUUACAUAGUAUAAUAUAACAUUUCAUCCUUUCCAACUGUCCCAGUGAAUUCUCUCCCAGUCCUAAUUAAUCAUUCCCACUUUCCAGCUUUCUUUAACAUGACCCAGUUUCCCUUUCUUUGGCCUCCUUUCCCUUUUGGUCCUCUACUUACUUCAAUUGCUAGAAAUUGAGUUCAAAGUGCAAAUGUAGUUUUUUGUACUCAAUUGACUGAGCAUGGGGAGUGGAACAAAUGAGAAAGAAACUUGCACUUUCAGGCAAAAUCUCUCCUAGCUUGUAUGUACUUCCACAUUAAUAACAUUUGCCAUCUUGGCUAGAUUCUACUGUUUCUCAGCCACAUGUGUUCUGGUUUUCAUCUGAAAUGCUGAAGAAUAUGACAUUAUGUAAGUUCAAUUGAUUUGCUGUCAACUGCAAGUAUUUAGAUCCAAGUUUUUCCAGUAGUAGUAGUAGUAGUAGUAGUAGUAAUAUGCAUUAAGAAAAAAGGAAAGAUGCAAUGGAAAUAGAGGCAGAAAAAAGGUGACCGAAACUGCCUUAUACCUAAUCACAUCAUUUGUAAGUCUAUUCCGGUGGAGUGCCCUGACUAUCCAAAUUCUUUGGUGGAGGUUUGCCAUGCAACAUGUACUACUAAAUGGGCAAUAUUAGAUAUGUGAACCUGGGGCCUUCUGAAUGUAAAUCAUGUGAUCCUCUCAAGUUUUAGAAACAUUACUUCUUGGAAAAAAAACCCUCAGAAUCCACCAGUCUGCAUGACCACUACCCAUGGUAGUUUGCAUUAUAUUCCAAAGCAUUUCCAAGGUCUGACUCCACUAAUGAUUUAUGGUCAUUUCUCCCAAACUUUCUAUUGCAUAUUUGCCCCUCAAAAGAGUCAAUUUUUCUCAAAUCUAGUAUUAUCAUUUCAGAAAUUAAUGCUGCAUGGUUAUCCCUUUUUAUUUUAAGCCCUUCAGUAAUUACUUUCAUCUAAAGUAAUAAAAGCAAUGAUCUGAAGUUGGAAGUUCUUUGUAAUAAUUCUAUUAGCCUGGAUCUACACUGCCAUAUAAUCCAGUUUCAGAAUCCAUUUUAUCUCCAUUGAACUGGAUUAUAUGAUUUUACACUGCAUAUAAUCCAGUUAAAUGCAGCUAAUCUGCAUUCUGAAACUGGAUUAUAUGGCAGUGUAGAUCCAGCCUCCGUGAAUUCACUGAUCAGUUACACAUUGUCUGAUUUCUAGUGGCAUAACCAUCACCAAAGGUCAACCAAGGACACAUAAAUAUAGAGAUUUCCAUUUCAAUAAUACUUUAAUUACCGUAUGUUGCCAACAAUGUCAACAUGGGGUUGACAAGUGGAGAUGUUAUCCUUCCCUAUCCUUCUGUUUUAAUGUGCCAUUUUCCAAAGAUGCAUUCUGAGUAUGAGUUGACUUCUGAUUGUUAUCAUAUUUCAUUCUCACCCAAAUAUAACAUAAAUAACUUUUUACCUAAAGAUUGUACUUGUCUUUUGUGUGUUGUCCAAAUGUGAAAAGAGUCAGAAGCUUUGAAGUUGUAACUGGAGAUUUGAACUGGAUCAUACAGUUGUCAGCAUUACUUUCUCCCAUUUUCUGCUACCAUCUUUGUCUGUUAUGAAAUCUACUCAGACACAUGUAUAUAUUACAGUUUUUGUUCCAAAAUCCCCUAUUGCACAUACAAGGUAAAAACCAGCCAAAAUGAGUUCUAUUGCAGCACUAUCCUGAAUAUGUCUACUCAGAAAUAAGCCCUAGUUUAUUCUCUGGGACUGACUACCAAUUAAGGAUACUUAGGACUGUAACCUUUUCCCCCAGGAACUGGGAAUAUAUGGCCUACCAGUUGUUGUUGGACUGUAGCUGCAUCCACCCCUUACUGUUGGCUGAGCUGGCUAGUAUUGCAGUCCAACAAUAGUAGAGGGGUAGGUAUUUUUCACCUUUGCUUUAGUUCCACUUAUCACAGUGGGUGAGAUUACAUUACAUUACAUCAUUGAACUCAAUGGGAGGCUUAACUUACAUUGGAAUGAACCUGGAAUGAAAAACUGCUUCAUGUGAAAGAGGUGCCCACUUAUUUUAACAGUACAGAAAGUGUCAUAGAUCAAUCCCUGUUGAAGUGACUGGAGCAGUAGCAUAUCACCUAGAGCUCCAUAUGUGAUAGGAGAUCCCACAAAUCAGUCUGGUAGCUUGUGAACCUGGGGACCUUUUCUUCUCUUUUGCAUACCAAUUUCGUAGUGUCAGACUUAUGGAGUAGCAUAAAGAACCCCCUUUUAAGACAUCUCUGGUAGUUAUAUAUUUUAAAAAAUAACAUGUGUUUCUUGUUCCAUUAAAUUUUAUACAUGUUCAUGUACUGUAUAUAAAAUAUAUAUAUUAUAUACAUAUACAUAUACAUAUAUUUUAUGAAUCAGGUCUGUGAUUUUUACUAUUCGGAGCAAUCUGACUCAUUUUCAUGGAACCGUUCUCUCUUAUUUUGCUGGCAAUGUAAAUAAUAUUGUACAUCUGCGAUUUUAUUAUAUUCACGUGAUAUAUGCAUUGCUUCUUUUGAAAUUAUUCUAGGUAUAUCACCCAGCAGUUUAGAUGCCAUUUCAUAUACAAAAAUAUCUGUAAAGCAUGUGUUUCAACAUCUUAUAUUGUACCUUGCAAACUCGGGAAUAUUUCAUUUUCAAUGUUUUUCAACUAAAAUGCCUCAAAUAAUGCAAUCCAAAUGAUAUUUUCUAUUUAGUGAUUGCAUCUUGGAUUUUCCUUUUCCCAUAGGGGUCAUUUUAUUCUUCACUUUACAUUCAGACAGCCAUUACUUCCUGUAAGAAGAGAGUUGUGUGUAAAGUGAUGAGAAUCCUAAUAAGAGUAAGCCAACUAAAUCAGCGGGCAGAUCCAUGUUGACUUUAAGAGUCAACCGUUGGUUAUGUUGGUCUACUCUAGUUAGGCCUAAUAAAUGGCAUUUCAGCAGUAAUAUUACACAUGGAAAAGACACUUCAUGAUUUUUUUUUAAAUACUAAUAUUUUAUGCUUUGUAUCCCUCAUUGAAUCACGAUGCUCACAAAAACACAGUCUGUGCUACCUUUUCUGGAUGUAGAACUCCAUGUUUUGUAUGACAUUAAAAGUCAAGCAAAAAUCCUGCAUGGCAGAUGUAGCUAUGAUGUCUUAAGUACACUCCAAUUCCUGAUCUGCCUCUUAAACCCACCUUAAAAGCUAGGCAGCCAUUUAUAGUGCUGAUGAGCAGAAUACUACAAGAUUAUGCCUCUAGCCUCUUCCCACCAGUGAGUGACAGCAUGAUGAGUAGGAGGGACUGCUAUAGGCUCCCACUGCAACUUCUCAUCAUACUGCCACUUACUAGCAGGAAAGGGCUGGAUGCAUCAUUCUUCAACACUCUGGAGCUCACCAAUAUCAAUGAACUCCUUAGCUCAGUGUGACCUCUUGGCUUUUGGGGACAUUUGCACUCACAGCAAUGGUGCCAUAAUUGUAAAUGUGAGCACAAAACAGUUAUAUGGUUACAGCUCUAGCUUAGACCAUUGUAACAGCCUAACAGGAUACCAACCACAAUGGCUUACCUUCUAGCAUGAUGUUGUGGCAAGAGGUGUUCUCUUUGGUCCUGCUUCAUAAUUGAAUGUUUGCAAGACUGGGAAAGGACACAUUGCUAUGAUGCUGCAAGGUAAAGUAAAUAGUUUUGCUCAGUGGGAAUGGGGCUGGGUGGGAGUAGAAAGAAAAUGGGAAAAUUGUUUUUAUAACAUCAACAUCCCCAUCCACUCACCACAGAGAAGGGUUUCAAAUACACGAAACCACAUAGAACAAGGUGAUAAUUAAUGGAGCUAAAUAUUCAAUUUGUUCUGAAACUGUCUAUGUCUGAGUCCCCCUGGGGGAGAAGAGCGGUAUAUAAAAUAAAUGAACAAAUAAAUAAAUAAAUGAUUAUUUAGGUCUGGAUCUUUAAUUUUCUAUUUCAAGUUGCAAGACGGGAACUGUGCUGAAAGAAUGACAAGGGGAUUUAUACUUUCCCAUUAAUCUGUUUUCUCCACGUUUCCUUCUUAUGCAGAUUACUACUUGUCUGGUUAGGAAAAAUUAAUUCUCAGCUGCUGUCGAGGGAGCCAGUUCUCAUAAAAUAAUAUAUAAAUGGUUGACAUAUAUGGAAACAUGCCUUCCCCACUCUUAUAACUUUUAGUAGCCUUCCCACCGGGGGGAAGGACUGUUAAUACUUAUUUAAAUGUGAAGACAGGAGAUCCAAUAACAGAGCUCUACCAUUAAAAUGAAUUCACUGUCUGGGAUUUGGGAGGGCCAAUUUUUCACCAAACAGCAUUAUGAAUGCUCUCAGCACUGACCCAUGAACUGGCAGGGAGAUGCACAUAUGAUGUUAUCUGGAUUGGAAGGAAGAUGUUCAGCAGCAGUGCUUGGUGGGUUGUGCCCUUAAUCUACUGCAUCUUCCAUGCUUUCCACACAGCAAAAGCCUUUUAAGCACUUUUGUAUAUUUUUGUGUGCCAUAAGUGUUGUAAAUAGCAUGUUUCAUUAUGCAAAAAUUUCUAGCUCACCAACUUCAGAACAAGAUCAAUUUGUAUAUGAAAAAAAUAUUAAAACAUUGACAGUAAACUUGGAUGACUAAAAAAAGUUAUAUAAAGUGAUUAUGACUGUUGUGUGUUAUUCUGUUUUUACUGUCCUUAUCCCAGUUUUAUGUUUUAAAGGGAAAAAUACAUUUUCUUUGCCCUUGAAUGUCUGAUCAAUUAUUUAAACUAUAUUUACAUCAAUAAAUCUUAUUCCAAACCUAUGAAAUAUUGUCAGAAUAUUUGUUUUGUUGGUUUGUUGACAGAAGAUGAAAUGAUUAUGAAAUCUUCUUCUUUUUGUAUCUACGUUUCCUUUCCAUGUUUUUUAAAUUGGGGCAGGAUCAUGAAAUUAAAGUGGGGAGAAAAAAUUAAGAGUUCUACUGAUAUGUACACAACGUAUACAUAGGCCCAUCUGUGGAUAUUACUCAAAAUAAUCAUGAAUUAUCUCUAGUCUCAGAGGUUGUAUGUGCCAUAUACCAGCUCCAUAUAUUGUAGUUCUCCUAGCCUAUGUGUAGGCUUCUCUUUAGCAACUGUGUGAACAGAAUGCUAGACUAGAUAGACCUUUAAGCUGCUUCAAUGUGGUUUUUCAAACAUUUUUUAAUAUACAGAUACUUAGUUAAUCUAAUACAAUAUUCAUGCAACCCCCUCAGAAUGUGAAAAUAAAAGUAGAAGCUCCCAGUAUGCGUGGGAAAUUCAGAGACAUCUGCUAAAUCACAUUAGUGAAUUUGGGGUGAUUUUGAUAAAACAGUUGACAUUCAAGACUAGGAACAGAUCAUUAGCCUGUUUCUCAUCUUUCCCUAUUGAUUUCUUGUGUGCUCAUUAAUAAGUCCAUUCUGUCACAUUUCUGCAUCGAUGUGCUGAUUUUCAAAAUAAAUGAAUAAACAUUAAUGUAUAAAUAAUUGUCAAGAUCCUACAUUGCCAGUUUAUUGUACAUAGUCACACAUGUAUAAGUUGACCUCACAUAUAAUUCAAGGACAGGUUUGGGAGCCAAAAUUAUGGAUUUUGUUAUGACCUCUGGAUAAAUUGAGCAUCAUUUCACACCAAUCUGCCUCAGUGGGCCACUCACCCAUGACCAGAACCGGCACCAUGGUGGUGAGAGUAGAAAGGAUCAGUGCUUCUUUUAGGUUCUCCGGAAUGUAUGGAACUCUUCCCUUUGGCUACUCUACUCAGAGGAGGGAACAGUUUCUAUUUUAAUAAGCUGAUACUCACAUUGACCCAUGGAUAAGCCAACACAGAUGUUUUGGGGGGGUUUUUUUACUAAAAUUUCUAGACUUAUACAAAAGUAUAUAUGGUAAUUAUCAAUGCAAAACAAAUUCCCUCCCCUCACCUACCCUAAUAGCCAGAAGCCAAGCUGAGCACUGGAGGAGCUCUUCUACUGAUGCUCAGAAUACAGCAGGAUGAUGUUUACAGCCACCUCCUAAGAGCAAUCUGUGGCACAAAGAAGAAUUGUAAUAUAAGUCUUGCUUAUGAUUGCCACAAACUCGCAGACUAGUAGGAGGGUAUGGUAAUGUCAUCCCAAGGCACAAAGCAGAACUUCACAGUCAGAUCUUGUUCCUGGAAAUUAAGGUAGGACAAAUCACAUGAUAAAUGAAUACAGAACAAUUACGGAUCUGUAAUUCUUGGUUACAGAUAUAUAAUCAAAUACGGGAUGUCAAUCAUUAUUUAAAUAUGCACCUUUGUUAUGAUCAAAACUGCACAUUCAAGAGCAUAUUUUACCUACCAAUUCUGUAUAACAGCUAGUGAAAUUUAGACUUAUAGAAAUUGAAUUCCUCCCUCCACAUGCCCCUCAGAUCUGCUUCAGAGUAUUAGCCUAUCCUCCAGAAGAGUUUAGAGUAAUGCAGGGUGGUGGAAAAGAAAGCAAAAACCCAUUGCAUCAGUGAAAGCUGACUCAAAGCUCAUUUUGUCCUCAAAAGGAUGAAGAAUGUAUGGCGCUUGAGACCUUAUUGAGCCAUAGCUUCCAUCAACUCUAAUCAACUCAUUCCUCAGGAAUGAUUAAAUUUGGCAUAAAUCAAAAAGAAAGCUUCUACCUGGAAACCGAUGUCCUCACUGUGGAAGAACAUGCAGGUCAAGAAUAGGGCUCCGCAGUCACCUAUGUAUCCUCCGCCAGGACACCACACUUGGAAGACAAUCAUACUCAGACAAUGAGGGAUUGCCUAAUUAAAAAGUUUAAAUUACUAAUUUACCACUCCCCAGUUGUACCUGCUUAUAUCUGACCAAAUAUGGCCUCUCUAUGAAUUUUCCAGGUGAUUCUAAGAUAAGUUAGAAUUUAUCCAUUGGGUGUUGUGGAGGGGGGGGGGGAGGUAAUGUCCAGAAAUGAUUACACUAUGUAACAAAAUUUGAAAAAUCUUCUGUUCCUGGUUUGAAAGUGGUAUUUCCUGUUUAAUUAUGUGGUGCUUACUUUGAAAUUAGAUAUUAUACUCCAGAAACUUUGUUUUUGUGGCUGCCACAAACUAUGUUGAAUUGGUUGAGACUCUAUGAGAUAUUCAUUGGAAAACUAUAACAAAAUGUGCUGCAGGAUGUCCCGCAAAAAUAAUGUUUUUGCAGUUCAAUAAACUUUUUCCAUGUUUUUAUGAUAGAACCAAUUAGAAAAUGACAUUUGUAACCUAGAAACAAAAAUCGUAUUACAUGGUGUUAUUUUUUUUAAAAGCUAGCUAAAAUAUAUGUAAAUCAAUUUAAGCAAGGAUGAUCGAGAGUAACCAAUUGAUUUUCCAUAAGAAGAGAAUGAAAGAACUAUCCCAGCAGGCUUUUGAUGCGCUGACAUUUCUUAAACAGCACUUUUAUCAGAGUGUUUAUGCUGAAAUAUCUUUUUUUUUUUUAGAGAGUCAAGUCGACAAUUUAAAAUGUAAUUAUGCCUACCAAUGAUCUCAAUCAUAUGAUGAAGAGAUAGUCCAGAGUAAUACCAUGUAAUGUAUUUCCCAUCAGCAGACUGAAUCUGAUCAGGGAAAACAAUACAAUCUUAUCUUGAUCUCAGUUCUGACAUGUCACAUGCUGUUCCUCCCAAUAUAAUUUGAAAUUGGAUAUUUGAUAUGCCUGAAGAUUGAGGCAUUUUGAAAAAUAACAAAACUUGAAUUUUCUCCAUGCUUUUAGACAGAAGAACCAGUAUAUAUAUUUUUUUCUUUUUGACUGUGUGGUUUUGGGCCAGGGAUCAGAACUAAACUUGGGGGUGAAUGUUGAAGAAAGUGGAGGGACAAAUCAGAAAACUAACAGUUACACCUUUUUUCUUUACAAAUUGGACAUAACCAAAGUUUUGAAUCCUCACUUGUCAUAAUUUCUCUUCUGGCAGCCAGACUCUUUUCCAAGCCUGCCUGCUUACUCUGAAGCAUUGAGUGGCUCUACCAGGCAGUUUCAAGAAGUUUUCAGUAUGCUGAUGUCAAACUGUUAUCACUGUGGUAGCAAAUCCGUAUAAUUAUGUUGCAUAUAUGCACUGUGUCAAUUGAAAAAGAAAACUGAGUUAAGUUGGCUGUCUGUAUGUGGCCAAGAAUAGCUCCACAGGUGCAGGAAACUUCAAAAAUCUGAAUGGCUGAUAGGAAGGCUGGCUAACAGAGAAAGUAAAGAAUAAAAGGAGAUGGCAGGAGAGAAGAUGUGAAGAUGAUGAGUUACAUCUAUGGACUUCAUCAAACAAAGACACUUCCAUGGCAGUAGUACUAUCAUGGACACCAAUACAUACUGAGAAGCACAUUAGAUAUCACAUGCAAUGGCAAUGAUUCACCAACCUGUAAUCCGACAAGCAUACUUCUGCAGACCCUCAUAACCCUGCUGCCCCAUACUCCUGCUGCUCUGUAAUAUUUUAUUUAAUUUUAGACCAAUUUUGCAAUUUUAGCAAUGAAUGCAAAUAUAAUGCUAAAACAUUGCAUAAACACAAAACAGACAACUCUGAUAUAGGAUAGGACAAAGAGUGUGAGAUGUCACUUUACUGCUAGCAUGCUGGCACAGGGGCAAAGCAGAAUGUAGAGAAAGUUGUAAGAUGGUGAGCUAUUGACAAGUUUUUUCAGUCAGCAGCAUAGAAUGGGUUAAUCACAGGGAGAGACAAGCUGCAGUGAGAUGCAAAUCACAUCAUGUAAUACAGACUGUGAGCAAAAGUGAUGGCCCAGCCUCAGUGCCAGUUUGUGUGCCUUAUGCAAUAAAGUUCUACAUGUUUAUCAGCUUUUUCUUACCCUUUUCUCUUUCCUUUUACAAAAGAUAUCAGAGAAAAACAUGGCAGACAAGCUAGUGAAUCUGCCCGUGAGCCUGCCUACCUUCUUCCUGUGUCCAAGAUCCCCCAUUUACAUGUAGUUCUACAUGUGCAAAUCCAUGUCCUCCCACAGUAACUGUCAAAUUCCGAGCAGGAGCCUGUGAUGCUUAUUGGCAGUGUGGUUGGGAGGCAAUUCAGACAACGGAGAAACAAUUCACACUAUGGAGGAUGCACUCUCAAAUGGAGUACCCUGGAGUCUUCUUUUCCCUGGCAGUCAAGCGCAAUCAGAUCUUCAUGGUCUGAAAUGUCUCUCCUUCUCUCUUCUGAAUUUCUCCAUCAGUAAGCAAUAGCAGCAGGAGCUUGACUAUUAUUGGGCUGUUAUUGUUACUGAUGUUGCUGUUGUUGUUGUGUGCCUUUAAGUCAUUUCCAGCAUGGUUACCCCAAGGCUUUCACAGGGUUUUCUGAGUGCAUGACUUGUCCAAGGUCACCCAGAGAUUUUUGAUGGUGAAGUGGGGAUUCAAACGCUGUCCUCCAGAGUCAUUGUCCAAACCACUACACCACACUAGCUCCAUAGAUCCUGAGAGGUUGAGAACAAGAGACUGUUGGCAUCCAUAGAUGAAUACAAUUAAAUCUUGAAUUUUUUUUCAUUUUGAGUUCUACACCAGCUUUCUAUCCUCUUCUUAGGAACAUAUAAAAAUAGCUUAGCAAUAGGAGAUUUAGAACAAGAUGGUGAUGGUGGGACAUUGAAAACACUGUGUUCUCAACCUCCUACCAUAGUACCUAUAGGUGGAACAGAAGGGCAAGAAAUAGCCCUCUGCAAUCUAUCAAAAAGGGAACUGUGAACACAUGUAAGCUGUACUUAUGUGCCUGUAAGUCAGUGACAGGAUGCUAGCCAAACUACCUGAUGGAUGGAAAGAACAAUUUCAUUAUCUAGAUGGAGCUUUUGCUGAUUCCUGUUGCCAAGCUAUUUUUAUUUAUCCCUUUGAAGAGGAUCGAGAGCUCUGUGUGGAACUCAGUGGAGAAAUCACAAGAUUUGGCUGUAGCCAGGAAUGGUUGCCCAAAAUUCCUUCCAACUUCCUCAUCAUCCAAAAGGACAACAGCUAAGAGUUUCGGCUCCUUCUGCAUUAAUUGCACCUGAAGUCGUUCUUGCUCCAACAUUUCUUUCCUCUGCUUUAAGUAUUUGGAGCUGCAGGUAUAGUACAAUCAUCUCUACAAAGUUAUUUAUUUAUUUAUUUAUACUCUGCCAUUCUCCCCAUGGGGACUCAAGGUGGCAAACACUCCACACUAGGCAAGUUUAAAAGGUGCAAUAAAAAAGUUAAAAAGCAAUUAAAUAGUAACAGUGUGGUAAAAGCAAAAUUAAAAUAAAGUAGAAUGAUUCUGCCAUCCACAGCUUAUAAAUUCCAAAAGUCAUCUUGAUUUUGCUGUUUUAUAUAAAGGGCGCUAUUUUAGUAUGUUAUUGUAUAUUACUUUAUAUAAACAUCUAGACAUUUUAUUCAAAAAAUGAUCCCCGAAAAAACUGAGUCAACUUAUCCCUGAGUUUGCACUGAUGUUUUCUCCUCUCCACAGAAUGACCCUCAACUUAUCCAUGGGUCAAAUCAAAAUCCAUAAUUUUGACUCCAAAACUUGCCCUCAACUUAUGCUUGAGAUUGAUGUAAAGAUGAGUAUAUAUGGUAAAUGGGAUUUGAAGACCCAAGGAUUUCGGCAUCCAUAGGGGUCCAGGAACCAAAACCCAGUGGAUACCAAGGACUUACUAGAGUUUAUCAUUCUUUUCAUUUCAUAGGAUAAAACAACAGAGAAAAAAGUCAAAUGUACCAGAGAAGGUGCAGAAAUGCUAUCGACGGGAUCUCUGUCAAACACCAAGGUUUCAGAUUCAAAGCCGGUUUCCCAUUAUUUUUUAAACAUUAAAAAUAAUUUCUCAAGAAUUUGAACUAUUUUCCAGGCAGCCUAUGCAGAGAUGUUUUUGUUCAUGAACACAAUAAAAUUAUACCAAAUAUUAAGAAAAUUGCUGUGUGAUUGCUUUGGACAACCUGAAAUUGUGCCUUAUUUAGCUUUUCAGAGAGGGCAAUUUUCCACACUUUGUUCAGCCACCUGUUGACUUCCAAUGCUGUGCCACUUCAAACCUGGCAGACACUAAGAAACAUUUAAUUAAUGCAAUCUGCUGCACUUAAGCCCAAAUGUUACCAGGCUUUACUGGAAGACUUCAUGAGGUCUAAUGCAUAGAAUAAUAGAAUCAUAGAAUUGUAAAUUUGGAAGAAAUCAUGUGGGCCAUCUAGUCCAACCCCCUGCCACGCAGUAAAAGCAUAUUCAAAGUACCCCUGACAGAUGGCCAUCCAGCUCUGUCAAAAAGUCUCCAAAGAAGAAGUUUUCACCACACUCCACAGGAGAGAGUUCCACUGCUGAACAGCCCUUGUAGUCAGAAACUUCUUCCUAAUGUUCAGGUGGAAUUGCCUCUCCUGUCAUUUGAACCCACUGCUCUGUGUCCUAGUUUCCAGGGCAUUCCUAGACUACUUCUUUACCUGUUUUGGGUUGCAUUUCCCCUAUUACUUCAUCCACUCCAUAUUGCUCAGGUUGAAAAUUGAUUUCUUUAUGUGAGAAGACUGAGGCAAAUAAGGUGUUGAGUAGUUCUGCCUUUUCCGCCAUCUUCUCCACGCAGAAGUCGUACCGUUUCCUUGUUCUUUUAUUUUCUACUGACAUAAUCAAAGAACCAAUUUUUAUUAUUUUUAAUCUCUCUGGCAAGCCUGAGGUCAUUUUGAUCUUUAGCCUUAUGAACCUUUUCCCUACAUGGUAGACUUUACCUGGCACUGCAUUUACCUGAAUAAACUGAUUCCUUCAAGGUACAGGGGAAAUUUUCUCCAACUGCAACAGACAUUAGCAUUAACUCCCAGAACCAAAUUAAACAUAAAAAUUGUUAUACAUUUUGGUCUUCCUCUGCUUAUUUUCCUUUAAAAAAAAAAGACAAGUCACAUUAUCUAAGCUGCAUAAGAAAGCGAAGGCAAAUCCCUUCUGAACAAAUAUUUCCAAGAAAACCACCUGAUAGGUUCGUCUUAGAGUCACCAUAAAUUGGAAGCUGCUUGAAGGCGCACAAAAACAGCCAUGACAAAUGGUAAGACUGGCAGUGUUGCACAACAGAGCAUGCCAUGGGGUUGUUGUAUGUUUUCCGGACUGUAUGGCUAUUUCAGAGGAUGAGGAUGCCUGCCAUAGAUGUGGGCGAAACGUCAGGAGAGAAUACUUCUGGAACAUGGCCAUACAGCCCGGAAAACAAACAACAACCCUGUGAUCCCAGCCAUGAAAGCCUUCGACAACACAUAGAGCAUGCCAUCUUCAUCAGAGUUUGCAAGUAUUACAUUUCAGGAAGUGGAAUUAUGUGGUGUAUUUAAAUUUGGGUGGAAAAUGAAAUAACAAUGUUCCCUUUUAAACUUUCAAUAUUAAUUCUAAAACAUUCUUUUUGUUGAAUGUCACCAUAUUUCAAAGCAGUUAUUUUAAUGGGUCAUUUGGAGUGUUACCCCCCCCCCAUUUUUGAAGAUUUAACAAUAUAUUUUGCAAUAGCAUGUUAUUAAUGCUGCUAAUGUAUCUUCUCUAGGAAUUUUUAGGCCUUCUAAUGCAACUCUGAAGUAACACCCAGUGGAUAUUGUUAAUUUCAAAAAGGUUCACUACCUUCUAUGGCUGCCCAUGUUUUAAAAGUGUUUUAUUUUUUGUUUUAAUGAUGUUGUACCUGCUUCAAGCAACAAGGUAAUAAAAUUGUUGUUGUUGUUGUU